AUGGACGCUGUCAGGGUUUUCAACAAUGAGCUGUCUUCUCUGUAUGAAAGCAAGCCGCCCGUGUCUCGGGCCAAAAUGGCUCAGAUCACGAAAUGUGCGAUUAAGGCCAUCAAGUUUUACAAGCAUGUCGUCCAGAGUGUGGAAAAAUUCAUCCAGAAGUGCAAACCAGAGUACAAAGUCCCUGGCCUUUAUGUGAUUGAUUCCAUUGUUCGGCAAUCCAGGCACCAGUUUGGCCCGGAAAAGGAUGUUUUCUCACCUCGCUUUACGAAGAAUAUUGUUUCAACCUUCACAAACCUGUAUAAAUGUCCAGUAGAAGAGAGGAAUCGCAUAGUUCGAGUGCUAAACUUGUGGCAGAAGAAUGCUGUGUUUCCGUUGGAGCUUAUUCAACCCCUGCUGGAUCUUGCUGCAGAUCCUGACAAUCCAAACCUAAUUUCUGCUGCCCACAGAGCAGCAGAUAACAUUAUCAGCACAAGUCAGAAAGUGUCCCUCCCUCUGGCACAACCGAGUGGCAAUAGUACAGACUCUAACUCCAACCCAACUGUGCAGCAGACAGAGAUGUUGAGCACAAUAACCAAACUCCUACAGCAAGCUCAAGAGGGCACGAUUACAAGCACAGCCCCUGACUCUCAGCUCCAACAUCUGCAGAGUCUGCAGCAGCAGUUGGCCAUGCAGACAGAGAAAAUAUCCAAACCACAGGAGCAGCCUGCCCCACCUAUUGACAGCGGCCUGCUGGCUCAGAUCCAGGUGUUGACUAGCCAGCUGCUUCAUAAGACGGGCAGCGAUGGUCCUGGCACAUUAAAUGAUGUGAGAAGUACUGCAAGUGUUAAAGAAACUGUAGACAUCAGCAGGAGAGAUGGGCACGAUAUCAGCAGAAAAGAUGUAUUUGACGUUCACAGACCGCCCCCAAACUCUGUGGAGACUAUUUUUAACAAG